AUCGUUCGCCGUGUAAUAUUGACACUAGACCAGGGUAAAUUCGGGAAUUUCAAGUGAUACCUGAGGAUCGUCGAAAUCGUAUGCUCGCAGAGUUAAACAGAGAGCUGUAUAAAUACCGAUAUUGCCUGUCUGAGUGCCCCUUAAUAACGGGACAGUUUUAUUACACCUGAGCCCGAUGGACCGCCUGUACCUUUUCCCAUUGUCUCCAUCGGCUACCUGGGGGUAAUUUUGCAAUAGAACGCGAAGAAAGUGGAUCGCAAUUGUUUGGGUGCGUUUACGCGAGAGCUGUAAUAUUUGAGAAGUUUUUUUUUUUUUCGUGGAGGAGAUUUGUGACGGAGACGGGAAGAAGUGAAAGUCCCCGCGAGAUCAUCAACAAUGGCUUUAUCACCAGUAUCUGCUCGUCCAAUGAUCCGUCAAGUGGACGCAAUCGUCAGAUUAAUGUGCAAUCAAGCGAUCGCCGCGCAGAGAGACUGCCCAGAAUUAUCCAACGUGAGGCCCUACAAGGAGGUACCCGGUCCCAAACCGAUACCGAUACUCGGAAACACCUGGCGUCUCUUUCCAGUAAUCGGUCAAUAUGAAAUCGGUGACGUUGCGAAAAUUUCGCAGAUGUUUCACGAGGAGUACGGUGAAAUUACGAGACUCAGCGGCCUUAUCGGCCGGCCCGAUCUAUUAUUCGUGUAUAAUGCUGAUGAAAUUGAGAAAAUGUAUAGACAGGAAGGGCCCACACCCUUUCGUCCCUCGAUGCCCUGUCUCGUGCACUAUAAGAGUGUCGCGAGGAGAGACUUCUUCGGGGACCUGGGAGGCGUUGUGGGGGUACACGGAGAGCCAUGGAAGUCAUUUCGGACACGUGUUCAGAAACCGGUCCUUCAACCCCAAACCGUACGCAAAUAUAUAACGCCUAUUGAAGUGGUUACUCAAGAUUUUAUAGAAAGAAUUGAAAAAAUCAAAGAUCAAAAUGAUGAAGUACCUGCGGACUUUGACAACGAAAUUCAUAAAUGGGCUUUAGAAUGUAUUGGACGCGUAGCCCUCGACGUGAGAUUAGGGUGCCUCGACGACGAUUUAACUCCCGAUUCAGAGCCUCAGAAAAUAAUUGACGCGGCUAAAUUUGCGUUGAGAAAUGUCGCGGAGUUGGAGCUGAAGGCACCGUACUGGAGGUACAUCCCCACGCCCUUGUGGUCUCGAUACGUAAGGAACAUGGAUUUUUUUGUUGAAAUAUGCACCAAGCACAUUGAUGCAGCUCUCGUGAGACUGAAAAACAAAAAAUCAGUGAAUGAAGCUGAUUUAUCGCUAAUAGAAAGAAUUCUAGCGAAUGAAAAAGACCCGAAAAUUGCGUACAUUCUGGCUCUCGAUCUCAUCCUGGUUGGAAUUGAUACGAUUUCGAUGGCUGUUUGCUCAAUUCUCUACCAACUGGCCACGAGGACAGAGGAACAGGAGAAGGUACAUCAGGAGUUAAAGCAAAUUCUUCCUGAUCCCUCUGUUCCACUCACCACGAAGCACUUGGAUCAAGCUGUGUACACCAAAGCCUUCAUUCGAGAAGUAUUUAGAGUAUAUUCAACAGUGAUCGGAAAUGGGAGAACGUUGCAGAACGAUGCAGUUAUCUGUGGCUAUCAUAUACCAAAGGGGGUUCAAGUGGUCUUUCCGACACUCGUUACUGGUAAUAUGGAGGAGUGGGUGAAGGAUGCGAAGACAUUUAAACCUGAGAGAUGGCUCAAGGAGGGUGCAAAUGAUAAACUCCACCCUUUUGCCUCCCUACCCUAUGGGCACGGGGCACGCAUGUGCCUCGGCCGACGAUUUGCCGACCUCGAGAUGCAAGUGCUCCUCGCAAAGUUGAUCCGAAAUUACAAGUUGGAAUAUCACUACGAGCCCCUCAAGUACAGAGUGACCUUCAUGUACGCACCAGAUGGAGACCUCAAAUUCAAAUUAGUGAGACGCUAAUUAAUAUAUUUUCCUGCUAAUUGCAUUAUCCGAAUUUUAAUGUACAAAAAAUGAGACGUUUGUUUAUUAUAAAAUUGUUACACAACUACAAAAACUCUUUUUAUAAAUCACAUAUUAAAAACUA